AUGUGGGUGAGUUUGGAUCGCAUUUCAGUUUGUAACAGGCAAACGGAGUUUCUUUUGGAUACACCGGACUGGUUCAGCAUACAAAUUUUCAUUGUGUCAAAUUUGGAACCGGCAGAGACUCACCGUUUUUUGCGAUCCUGUUUGGCUCUCCUCAUCGAGCAGAAGGACCUGUUGCUGUCGGGCACUGCACUCAGGAUGAAGACCUUGACGCAAUACAAAGCGAUGCAAACGGAGACUGGUGACUCUUUCGAAGAUAGUGGUUCAGGCAAUUUAGAUGACAGGUCUGAUCGAGGUCGUCAACUUGAACUCAGUUUUGAUGGCAACCUUUUUGGAGCCGAUGCUGAACACUCAGACACUGAUUUUGGCUUUGAACAUGUUGGAGAGACAGUUUUGCAAGGUUACAAUGAUCUGGAGUCAAAUUUUGAUGUGACUGAUUCCUCAACUGCAUUUGGGGUCUUGCGGAGUGCAGCCAGUGCCAGAGAUGAUUCGAGCAAGGGUAGAUCGAAGAGGACUGCCGAUGCUUCCAACUUAGGAGCUGCACAGGUCCCCAGAGGUCCAGUCUUGGAUAACGGGAAUUUUUCACAGAUGUUGCAUGAUGCUUUCAUCAAAACUGCAGAGCCCAUGUCAGUGGUUAUGCCCUGGGAGAAAGGUGUUGCAAAGACAAUCUUUUCCAAAGGCCGCGACAGCUUGAAGGUUCAAAAGCAGCAACUGAGAGGUUGGGUCCAGACAUCUGACAUUUUGGCACAGAAUGUGGUUGCACCGGAACCUAAGAUGGUUGAGGCCCCCAGUGUGGCAUUGUCAGGAGCCCUGUUUGAGAGAGCUUUAUCUGUUGUGACGGACAAGAGCUUUUUGGAAAAGCGACAGGAGGCUUUGGAUGUGGCCAUUGACAAGUGGUUCAGUAUUAUCAGAAUCAACCUGUUAGGGUCUGAGGUUGGCCAAACAAUCAUUGGACAUGGCGGGAACAUCCAAGAACAAAAACUGGGAGCCUAUGAGACAAUUGAGGCAAUCAUCGGUGUCAGGUCAAGGACCACUGCCAUCUCGAGGGCAAAUGCGUUGCUCAAAUUUUUCAGGUGGAGGGCUGACUUCACGGAGGACGAUGGCAAACCUGUGACCGAGCAAGCUGCGUGGAACUACGUGGCAAAGCUUAGAUCUGAUGGAGCUGCUCCUACAAGAGCGUCCAGUUUUUUGGCUGCUUGUGGUUACGCGUUGCACGUGGGGUACUGUGCAGAAGAAGGUGGGCUUCAGACCGAGCUGGGUGUCAGCAAUGUGGUGAAGGUGGAAGAUGACUCGCCUUCACAGGAAAUUGCUGGAGACAACGAAGAAAUGGACAAAGGUGACAUUUCUGAGCACCACAGUUCUUCAAGUGAUUCCUCGGCAGAGGAGUCGUCAAGUUCAGAAGAAGAGGUGUCCACACGGCAUCUCACGAUGGCGUCUCUUUUGGAUUCAGAGGCUCAGUUUAUUCAGAGGACGCUGGACCUCAAACUGUCAGACGAACUGAAGAGGUCUCAUGAAGUGCUCACGCAGAAGAGCCCUUCGAAAAUGCUGGACAUCUCAUCUGAGAGUUUGAUUGUUAAGGAGAAGACUGAAGUUCAAGACAUGGUUGUAUCCUCAGCGCUACAGGUCCAAGAAGCCCUGCAACGUAGAGGGUACAGUCGGUGCUCAGUGAGUCAAACUGUGGCUGCUGACAAACUUGUGUGGCAGGCUUUGUUGGAAGAUGGAGUGCAACCAAAGCGGGACGAUGCAGGCGUGCUGGCCCUGGACACCAAGCUUCUCAGUGCCCUGGAGAGUUACAGAGUUGAUAAGGCCAUUGCGACUGCGAAGAAACUGGAUUUGACAGUCAAAGAAGACCAAAAGAUUUUCAAGCAGUGGAUGAAAUCACCUUUAGUGGUUGGCCUUUUCUGGGAGCAAAAAACUGGUAUAGAACAAGCGUGGGGUAUCCCCUUUUUGCCUGAAGAGUUCAUUCAAGAAGCUGUGAACAGAGGACAUCCAAAACUGAUUUCAACGCUUGUGCCCCCUGUAUUGAUGGAGGCUGUUUUUCAUAAUUUCCAAAACGGGGACCUUAGCCACUUGCCCCGGCUCAGAGCAGAGUGGUUCAGCAAAUGGACAGCCAGAGCUAACGAGCUUACAGCGGAAGAGCUUCAGUGGAAGGCAAGCAUGCCGGAUCACAUUGCAAACAUUCUGAAACCAAAGCGACUCCUUCUUUGGAAAGAAAUUUUGUUGGACAUAGGGUAUCCCGAUGCAGAUGUGGUGUCAGAGCUUUCGAAUGGGACUGAGCUUGUGGGGGAAGUUCCUACCUAUGGCAUUUUCGAAAAAACUUUCAAACCAGAAGAGACAACAGUGGAGAGUUUGUGCAAGGCAGCAAAACCAAUCAAGCGAAAACAGUAUUACAGUUGCAGAUCAUCGGGAGACGCCGAAAUCGAUGAGCUUGUCUGGAAGAAAACUCAAGAAGAAGUGGAACUGGGAUGGGCGUCAGGACCUUUGGAUGUAACUGACUUGCCAGAAGAUGCAAUUGUGAGCAGACGCUUUGGUCUUCGACAGCCGGGGAAAAUCCGUUUAAUAGAUGAUUUGUCAGCCAGCAACGUCAACCAAACAGUGCAAUGUGCUGAAUCGCCAAAACCGCAGUCGAUUGAUUUUGUGGCCGCCCUUUUGUUGACAAUUUUGAAAAGCAGUGGAGGAGCAAAGAUUAAAGGCAGGUCUUUCGAUUUGAAAAGUGCGUAUAAGCAACUUGCCAUAGCUGAGUCAUCCUUGCAGUUUGCUUUUGUCACCGUCUACAGCCCCUACAAGAAAAAAGCUGAGGUGUAUCAGUUGCUUGCGACACCGUUUGGAGCAACCAGAAGUGUGUAUUCUUUUCUUCGCAUAUCGCAUGCAAUUUGGUACACGGGGGUCAAAGCCUUGAAAAUAAUGUGGAGCGUGUUCUUCGAUGAUUAUGUGGUUUUCUCCCAAGAGAGCCAUGUCAACAAUACUGAAACCACAGUUGAGCUCUUGUUCAAACUGCUGGGUUGGAAGUUUGCAGUGGAUGGCGAUAAGGCUACUUGUUUUGAUGAUGAAUUCUCGGCGCUGGGAGUACGCAUAAACUUGGUGGAUGCUCAUUUGGGACGAAUCAAUUUCAUCAACACUGAGAAGCGUAUCAGAGAACUGAGCGAUGCCAUAGGGGAUAUUAUCAAAAAGGGAAAAAUGACUGUUUUGGAAUCCCAGAAACUCAGAGGGAGGAUGCAGUUUGCAGAUGGACAGGUUUUGGGUCGUUUGGGAAAACUGUGCAUGAAAGCCAUCACCAAUCAUGCUUUCAAGAACCGUGGUGAUAAGUUGGAAAAACAAACGGUUGAUGCCUUGAGGGCCCCUGGAACCGAUGGUUACCUUUGCAAAAGAUCAUGCACCUCUGAUGAGAUUUCUGCAUUUAUCAACAAAGUUUUGAAGAUUGCAGACUCUGACAAGUUGACCUCACACAGUUUCAAGCACACCACGUUGAGCUGGGCGAGUUCUUAUGGCUUGGAUGAGCCGGCCCGUACAUUGCUGGGGCACCAUGAGUUGCAGGGUGCUCGUGCAAUGGCAGUGUACUCAAGGGAUAUGCUGACACGCCCAUUGCAGUUGUACUGUAGCAUGUUGAAGAAUAUCAGAGGAGACCAUUUUAGGCCAGAUGCAUCAAGGACUUCGAGGAUGUUGGAUCUUAUGAAAAUUCAGCAGGGUGAAACAGCUGGCAAGGAUGCAGAUGCAGCCUUGAGAACAGUUGCAGCAGCCAAAGACCAUCGCGUGGAGACAGAUGAUGAUGUAGCCCCUACUACGCCCCUUGAAGAUGCUGCUUCAUCAGCGAGGGGUAGCAAGAGACAGGGCGGUGAUGAAAGUGAAAAUGACAGCGAUUCUUUGGCAUCGACAAGUUCAAGCAGCUCGGAUGCAGACGAUGACACUGCACCAGAAGCUGCGCGCAGGGAUGACUUCAUCGAGGGUCCAGUUCUCAGAAAUAUUAAGUCUCAUGUUGUGCACAAGUGUUCAACGGUGGAUGGCAGAACCCUUUGUAACAGACUGACUUCAGCUGCCACUUUUGAGCUCUUAGAAGAAGGCUGCUCAACCUUGAAUGCAAGAUGCAGCCGUUGCUUCAAGGGCCAGGUUAUCACUACACCUUCUGCAAUGGCAGAGGCACUCGAUGCGGCAAAGGCCAAACGUUUAAAGCGGGAUUGA